AUGGAUACCAAAACACAAAAGCCGAAACUGCCAGUGCAACAAUUUAUAGUAUUGUUCAUUUUCACCUCCGUGUUUCCAUAUCUUCCCGAAAUGGUACGCAGUUUCGGAGUCAGUGACAACGAAGUCGCCAAAUGGGUCGGAUUAACCUCUGCAAUAUUUUCAGUUUGCCAGGGCCUCACAGCUGUAGCGUGGGGUGCGGCAUCUGAUCGAAUCGGCCGAAGACCCAUCAUCAUUUCGGGGCUCUGCAUCACAAUGACCUUCAGUUUGAUGUUUGGAUUUUCAACCUCGUUACCCAUGGCCAUUCUGGCACGGGCCUGUGUUGGGUUGGGAAAUGGAAAUGUGGGCAUCAUCCGGACCGUUGUCGCGGAACUGGUCCCAGAGAAGGAACUGCAACCGCGUGCCUUCAGCAUAAUGCCCCUGGUGUGGACGAUUGGCAGCAUAUUCGGCCCUGGAUUUGGCGGGGCUUUGGCUGACCCUGCUAGACGACACAAGGAACAAUUUGGAGAUAGCACAUUUUUCAAGAAGUAUCCCUAUGCGCUGCCCAACAUGGCCGUAUCGGUUUUCUUUAUUAUUGGGAUAUUUACGGGUUUUUUGUUUCUUCAAGAAACCCUCGCAUCGAAAAAGGGCCACCAGGAUUGGGGCUUAUCUUUGGGGAAAAUACUCACAAGGCCUUUCGCGAGGCGAAAGGAGCAGAAAACCCCGCGUGGCAUCUUGGUCAGCGAGGAAGAUGAGACGACACCGCUCCUCGUUCCUCCCUCGACUCGGACACAAGGAGGCGAUGAAGGCCAAAAGAAACACACUCCAAAUUUGCCAUGGUCACAGAUACUGAUCCCCCAGUCAAAUCUCGUUUUGUUGGCUUAUUCCACUAUGUCCAUGCAUACUGUGGCAUUCGACUCCGUAUUUACCGUAUUUUUAAACCAUAAACUCCAGGACUACAAAAACAAUCCAGACGUGAAGCUUCCGUUCAAGUUUUCCGGAGGUUUUGGCAUUGACGCUCAACAAAUCGGUAUACUCUACACUAUGAACGCCAUAAUUGGCAUGUUAACCCAGUUUUUCAUAUUCCCUCGCGCCGCUCACCGUUAUGGUGUCCUCAACUGCCUAAAAGUCGUUUCGGUGGUUUUUCCAAUAACCCAUUUCUUGACGCCUUUUACGGUGCUUUUCCCGUCCAACGCUUCCCGCCAGAUAGCAGCAUUCCUACUUAUGGGCUCUAAACUUGCCUGUGUCGUGUUCGCAUUCCCGUGCUGCAUAAUCCUGCUAACCAACUCCGCCAAGAGCGUGAGUAUUCUCGGGACUUUGAACGGGGUUGCAACGGGCGCAUCUGCAGUCGGAAAGGCGAUAGGUCCAGCAAUCCUCGGGGAAAUGUUUUCUCUAGGUGUUAAGAAGGGGUAUAUGAUCUUGCCCUGGUGGACCUUGGCGUUCAUCACGAGUUUAAGUGCGCUACCAGUAUUUUGGUUGAAAGAGGAUGACCAUCUUAAUCAGAGCGGGGACGCUGGUGAUGACGACGAUAGUGGGCUUAGAAAUGCGAAUGGAACUGAAGAAGAGAGAGGCGAGGUUUUCCAUUCCCAUCGUGGUAGCUAA